AUGGGUGGCAUGGCAGCGCUCGCCGCCGAAGCCCAGAAAAAGAAACUGGAGAAAGACAACAACAAGAAUAACGCCGCUCUGAACCGUUUAAAAGUUGAGGAGCCAGAGGCACCAGUCUUUGUAAAAGGUCGUUCACAGAGUGUCUCUGUGACCUCCACUUUGAAGGGUGAUACCACUGGCAAAUUCUUGGUUCACAAAAAGGUGGUUGACACCUACAGCGGUCUGAGAACACGUCUCAUCCAUUGCAAGGGAAAGAAGCGUAUUCUAACACGUGAAGUCGAAGUGACUACUCGUUCACUCAAUAAAACCGAUACUUUUGUACUGGAUUGCGGUAUUGAGGGAAGUGGAGUCGGUGGAGAAUCGAGUGAUUCCAGUGCCCACACCAAUAUCUAUGUUUGGUACGGAUCCAAGUCGAACGCCGCCAAAAAGUCAAAGGCAGUUGCCAUCGCUGAGAUUAUCAAGAGUCAUGAGAGAGGUGGACAUGCCACCAUUAUCAAACUGGACGAGUCGGAUCGUGAUGCCGACGCCACCGAGUUCUACAGACGUAUGCAUGGCAAAGCCGACGACUACAUCAUGCCGGAUGGCGGUGAUGAUAUGGAGGCGGAACAAACAUGGCCACAGUCUUUCAAUCUGUUGAAAUACAACCAGGACAAUGGACAGUUGAUUUCCGUUGAUAGUAAAGCACUGAGCAUGGAGCUGUUGGCUUCGGAUUCAUUCUUUGUUCUGGACACUGGCUCAGAGUACUAUGCAUGGUCCGGAAGAAACGCUGACAUUCCCGCCUACAAAGACAAGUUUUUGGAGAAGGCAAAGGAGCGUCUCACAGGAAACAAUCAACGUCCAGCAUGGGUAGAGAUGAUUGUUACGUCGGAGGGUGGAGAGCCAGUCAUGUUCCGUGAAAAGUAUUUCGAUUGGCCAGAUCUCAGUCACGAAGUAUCGCUUUCACGUAUGGGAUUCGGAAAGAAGCGUGUCUUUGACGUCAGCAUUCCCUACGAGAAGAAAUCGCCAUUGAAAAUGUCGCAGUUUGACGUGCAGGAGAUGAUCUAUUCCGAGCCACCCGAAGAGGCGCCACACCGCAGCGACGGAACUGGAACCUACGAGAUGUGGUACGUCGACAACAUGAAGAUUCUACCGAUCCCCGAAGAGGAGUACGGACAUUUCUACAGUGGAAAUUGUUACCUCAUCAGAUACACUUACACUCGUUGGAAUGCCUUGAAAUAUAUCAUCUACAUUUGGCAAGGUGCAGACGCCACCCGCCAAGAUGUCGGUAGUUCAUCGCUGCUCUCCAAAGACAUCCGUGAUAUCUUUGUUCUCACCGAUUCCAAUACCACUUAUAUGUGGGAGGGUAGCGGAGCAUCCAAAGUACUCAAGGAGCAAGCAGCCAAGCUGGCAACCCUCAUCGUAAAUUCACCGAGUAAGUCGGCAGCUACCAUUCAAGAAGGUCAAGAACCAGAGGAAUUCUGGAAGAUGUUGGGAGGAAAAGCUAAAUAUGCGAACGACCAACUUUUGAAACAUCCAAAAUCAGUUAAAUUAUUUGCAAUUGUAAAUACUGGUACUAUUAUUAGAUCUGAUGAAGUAUUCAAUUUUAAUCAAUAUGAACUUCAAGCAAAUCGUGUAUUUAUAUUGGAUAAUAAAGUAAAGAUGUACGUUUGGUCUGGAUCAAGAGCAACUGAAAAGGAAAAGAAACGUGGAAUGGAAAUUGCCAUUGAGUAUAUCAAGUUACUCAAUGACGGUAGAGCAGAGGAAGAUAAUGCAAAUGGAGCUGAUACAGAGGAAUCACCAAAGGUAGAGUCAGCUUCCACUUUAUUAAAGAAAUACUAUCAAACAUUGCCUUUGGAGAUGUUGACUCAGAAGAAUACACCACCAGAGAUUGACCGUUCCGUUCUUGAGAUGUAUCUUUCGGACGAGGAAUUCCAAAAAGUGUUGGGAAUGCAGAAGACCGAAUGGGAAGUGCUGCCUGGCUGGAAGAAAUCCGAAAGAAAGAAGAGCGUUGGUCUAUUCUAA